AUGGCAGUGUCCACGUGGCCAGAUAUCUCUCACCUCUCCAUCUCAAGGCCGAAGCUUAUCAAAGUUCUGAGGCAGAUGGGCCAGCAGGUCAAGUGGCCUCAGAAGAUAAAAGCCCCCGACUCUUUCCGGAAUCCUGGCUUCUGGUGCGACUUCCACCGAGACCACAGUCACAAAACGGAGGACUGCGUCGCACUAAAGAUCGAGCUCAACGAGCUGCUUAGGAAAGAGCACCUCAGGGAGUUCCUUUCCGAGAAUGCCAAGAGCCAUCUAAGCAAGGAGACAAUGGGUAAGCCCACUGAAGCUGCUCCCGUCUCGCCACCGCGACAGGACCGAGUGAUCCAUGUCAUCUCGGGCGGUUUGGAAGUCAGCGGCAUAAGCCAUGUAGCCACGAAGAAAAGCACCUGGAACGCCAAGCACGGCCUAGAGGCUGCCAAGCCAAAAUGGCUGCUCCUAGGGAUGGACGAAAUAAGUUUCACGGCCAAGGAGAAGGAGAAAGUCCUCACUCCUCAUCACGGCGCCCUGGUUAUCUCGCUCAAUGUAGCGAACUGCCUGGUAAAAAGGAUAAUGGUGGAUAAUGGAAGCUCAGGCAACAUCAUCUUCCAGGCCGCAUACAAGGAGGACCUGUGGCUCGAGGAAGGCGCUCUAACUCGUAGGGUAACCCCCCUUAUAGGUUUCAGCGGGGAAGUCAAGCAAACCGAUGGGGAGAUAACCCUCCCCGUAUACGCCGAAGGAGUUAACAUUUCAACCAAAUUCCUCGUGGUUGAUUGCGAUUCGUCCUACAACAUGAUCUUAGGACGGCCCUGGAUCCACGGAAUGGGGGCCGUCCCCUGGGACAUAAAGGUGAUCAGAGGGGAUCAAGAAUGUUCCCGCGCCUGCUAUCAGACCACUCUGAAAGGACAGACCAAGGUCUUAUAG